AUGGGCUCCAUCAGAUCCUCCGCGUCCCAGACCGCAGUCCAUCCGAAUACGAGCGGUGAAGGCGUGAAGGUCUCCGAGUCCAACGGAGCCGAACAGCAGCAGUCCAUCUUGCCCACUCACAAUGAGAAAGCCCGCGUCCAUCCACAGAGGCUCUUCCGCGUCGAUAGCGCCGGUGAAAGCGGUCGUCGAGGCAUCAACCCGCUCCAGAUGCUCCUCGUCAGCUUCAAGAGCACCUGUACGCUUUCCAUGAUCGUCAACAUCCUGUGGCCCUUUGUGCCAGCCGCCAUUGCCAUGCAUUUUGCCCGCCCCGAUAAUCAUGUCUGGGUGUUCACCCUCAAUUAUAUUGCCAUGGUCCCGUCAGCGAAUCUUUUAGGCUUUGCAGGCGGCGAGUUGGCCAAGAAGCUGCCUAAGAUGAUCGGCGUCUUGCUGGAAACGACCCUGGGCUCUGUGGUGGAGAUCGUCCUGUUCAUGGUCUUACUGUGUUCGAAGAAGAACCUCAUCCCCGUCAUCCAAGCUGCCAUCCUCGGCUCCAUUCUGGCCAACUUGCUCCUCUGCUUGGGCAUGUGCUUCUUUCUUGGGGGUGUGAAACGUCACGAACAGACCUUUCAUGAGGCCGUCAGUGAGGUGGGAACAGGACUCUUACUGGUCGCUGGCUUUGGCCUUUUGAUCCCCAGCGCGUUUUACGCGGCCCUGAAGGGGAGCACCACCCUGAAAACAUACCCUUUGGAAAAGUUGCGAACGGAUACCCUGACCAUCAGCCGUGGGACGGCCGUGAUUCUUCUGGUCGCCUUCUUUGUUUAUCUUUUUUUCAACCUGCGCAGCCAUAACACGCUCUUUGAUGAGAUCUUGGAAAAAGAUGAAGCGCUCGACGAGGACCGGGACGAGGAGCAGACACGGGCCAAGCUCACCCUGGCAGAAUGUCUCCUGGCCAUUGCCCUCUCUCUGACCUGUGUCUGCAUGUGCGCCGUGUUCCUCGUCCAUGAGAUCGAGCAUAUUGUGGAGCGCGGAAUCCCGGACCCUUUCAUGGGCUUGAUCCUGGUGCCCCUGGUCGAAAAGGCCGCGGAGCAUCUGACGGCCAUGGACGAGGCGUGGGACAACCAGAUCAACUUUGCGCUCUUCCACUGCCUGGGGCCGUCGAUCCAGACGGCACUGCUGAAUGCGCCGCUGGCUGUGAUCGUUGGGUGGGGGCUGGGCAAGGAUAUGAGCCUGAACUUUGAGAUUUUCAUGAUCGUGUUGCUGGUGCUGGCGAUCCUGGUGGUGGGCAACUUCCUGCGGGAUGGCAAGUCCAACUACCUCGAGGGCAGUCUCUGCGUGUUGGUCUAUGUUAUUAUCGCCCUGACGACGUGGUUCUAUCCCAACGCCACGGUCGCGUCGACCAACGGGCUGGUGGAAGAAUAA